AUGGAACCCAUGGUGAGGAUGCGUCGACUGCCUGGUCCAAAGAACCCAGCAGAGAUGACCUAUUUUGCCCAGCUGAAUGGAGCACCGAUCACUGGCUCCACCGCUGCCAAGACCCUUAGCAGUCUGGACUCGCAGACCAUGGCUUUGACACUGGGAUACUUUGUACAAGUGCAGGCUGAACCUGUGGUAAAGACACCGCCCAGCAACCUGUGGAUCAUGGCUGUUCUAACGCCUCUCUUCCUGUUGAUGGUGGUGAUCGGUAUGGUGUCCUUCAUUCUGUGUAAGAGGAACAGGGUCAUCUUUAAAGCUGGCGCCUUCAGGACCUUCAAAACCCGCUCCAAGACCUCGUAUCGAAGGGAGGGAAGUUACCACCACCAGCCUGUCCAGGGCUUUGACUACGCCAAGAAGCACAUGGGUCGAACGGGUGAUAAGGCUAUCUCCAUUACCAAGGAGACACUGGUACUGGGGCUGCCUGUACGAGAUGCUCCACUGUCACUGUCAUUGGAUAACAAGGUCCACCAGGAUGGGACCGCCAGCAAGAGGCCUCCAUCUGCUGACAUACACAAAGGAGGUCGGUUGCCAAGCGAGGAGGACGGCUCUGUGUCAAGUAACGGCUCUGGGAAGCUGAACACCAGCAAGAGCUCCUCAGCCCGAAGGACGGCGACCGGCAACAGCAGCAAGAACGGCAAGGAGGAGCUUCACAAGAGGAGCCCCAAUGACCCAUACGAAGACCAUUCAGGCUCUCUGCGUCUCAUCACCAUUAAACCCAUGACUGCUCAGCCAACAUACUCUUAUCCCUCCUCCUCAUCCCACAGCCAAGACUCUGUGGUCCUCAAUGUGGAGGCAAACCAUGGUGGGCUGAAACAAAAGUCUGACAUUGAGCACUACAGGAACAAACUGCGGCAGAAGGCCCGGAGGAAGGGCUAUGGAGAGUUCUCUCUGUCUGAGGGUGGCAGCCAUGGUUACAGUCACCAUGACACCAGGCACAGUCGGAACGACAAUGGGGUCAAGGAGCCAAUGACUGCUGAGGAAAAGAGGGCAUCCUUCGCAGGAUGUCAUAAGAGGUACUCCCACCCACGGGAGCCCACCUAUUGGAGCCGGCAGUCUCUGAGCAGCCCAAGCCCAGUAGAGACGGAGAUGGACCUGCUGGUGCUGAGAGAAAGAUCCAGGAGGGGCAUCCGGAACAACGGCUACGAUGGCGAACCAGAACCGUUUGAGGAGACCAAUGUGGACCGUCUGAUGAGCUCUUUGGGUUACGGAGGUGUCACCGUGAACGGCAGCCUUGGGGUGAAAGCUCAUUGUGGCUCCGACUCCUCCACACUCAGCUCUCAGCCUUCCAUUGAUGAGGUCCGCACGCAGAUGCAUAUGUUGCUGGGCAACGCCUUCAGCCUGGCACCUCCGGACCACGCCCCCCCUUCUCCUCCAACCAAGAGCCACUACCAUCACCACCAUCAUGCCCACAGAGCCUACAACCCAUCCCACACCAGCCACUACAGUGACGGGGUGACCAGUGCCCCAGGGACCAUGAACCAUCCCUGUGGAGGCAGGCAGAGGAGUGCAGGCUACGAGGACAUGCAUCAGUGUAGCCUGCCCAAACCGGGUUUUCGGUUCACCCAGCUUCCUGAUAUGGGUAUCGGGUGUCCCCCGCCACUGAUUCCCUCAAGACCAGGACCACCACCUGGGACCUCAUUACGACGUUCCACCCCUGAUGUUAGUCUGAAGCCCCGUGUGUCAGAGGCCUCAGACCUGCAGGCCCAGCAGCACAACGGAGCCCCAUACCUGCCGCUGUCCAGGACCCCCUUCCCUGCUGUCACUGUCGACCAGUCCAUCAGCACCUACUCAGGAAACCCAAUAACAGCAGUCUACGCUAUAUCUGCCAACCGCCCUGGUUACUCAGACUACUUUGUCAUGUCACCGCCGUCCUCAUACCGUAGCCCAUCCUGGAUGUCCUACCCACCUGAGCCUGAAGACCUGCCGCGCCAUUGGAACGACACACCAAACUCACGUCAUCUUGAAACCAUCUGCUAAAGUCGUCUGCCUGUGACACUGAGUGGAAACAGCCGAUAGCUUGGUGUCUCUUUGGAUGGGCAGAAGACCUCCCUCUCACUGAAAACUCCCUGGAGCUAUAUCACCCCACCUUCACUUCGGCCCGGUCUUUGUCCUGUCUGAUUUAUUCAUCACAGGUGGACACGCCUCCGCUACCACCUUACCCCCACCUCCUCCUCUCUCUGCUGGGCUUGCCUCCUUCUAUCCUCUUUCAGCCCGCUUCAUCUGCAGCUUAUAGCGUUUCUCAUCCACCAAAACUCCUUUGUCCCAUAAGCCCCUUGACCUGGUCAAAGCUCUGCUUCAAUCUCCUUACCAAUGUAAAUGUUCAGCCAUAAUUCUCUAUCUUGUAUUCUCUCUGAGCCCCUGGCCUCACUGGCCCUAACAGGCCCCUCUGGGCCUCUAGUCACUAUAUAUUUGUACACUGCCUCCUCUGUGGUAACCACCAUUGUACAGCAAGAGGCCCCUCACACUGCUGAUCUGAACUGAGCUGAGCUGCGUGAAGCUUUACUGUGCUUCCCUGUGUAAUAACACGUGCAGUAUGGAUGAACAGGGUGAGUACAUUACAGUGUGACAUGCAGGGCGACAUUUUAACUAGUUCUCUGCCCCAGCAAUCAUCGCACAGUAGCUGCAUCUGCCCAGCACACGAACGCUGCAUUAUCAGUAUCGUAGUGCCCCAGCCGUGGCCAGUAGUCUACUCCUCUCAUCUGGACUGGACCAUCCUGGACUUGUCCCUAAUUUCCACCAUAAAACCAGGAAACCUGGACUGACUUAAAACUGUGCUUUUUUGAUGAAUCCAAAUUCCUACUGUAUGUAAACAUUAUACAGCUGGUUAAUAUGUGUAUUUUAAACUUAAGUGAGAAAACAAAUCUAAAGAAAAGGGAGAAAAAAAUCUUGUCUUGAGCUGUCUCAAUUUCAGUUUUUUAAUAUUUAUGUGCUUUUGUCUUUUACUUUUGUGCAUUGAUUAUUAUCAAUGGAUUACUGUACAAAAAAAACUUAGUGAGUGUUUCUCUUUCACUCACAGUAUUUUAAGUAAAAAAAUAUAUAUUACAUUUUUCAAAACAGAGAAAUCGGUGGCUUAGUUGUCAAUGGUAAUAAUGGCAUUACUGUACUUUUAAAAAUAAUUACUUUGUUUACUCUCUUACUUCAUCAGAUUCAGUAAUGAAAAUAGGAAUAAGUCACUUUGUUAUGUUGAUCAUCUAAUUCUGAAGUUUUUGUCUGCUAAUCAUUAGGCAGACCUGGGUCAACUAUUCUAAGUUCUGCAUUUUGUAGCUUUGCAGCCGCUGCAGGAUUUGUUUGACUUCUGACAAAAGAUAAAAACAUUUACUACAUGAUGACUUUGAUUUUAACUUCUUUCAAUUCUGGUUUGAUGCAGGUCUGAUGAAAUUAUGAGAACACACAAUUAUUUAUAGGAAUACAGUUAUUUUACUUGAAAGGUAUUCUACUGUACAAGGACAUUUGACUUGAUUUGUCUUGAUGAAUACUUGGUCACUGGACUAUGGUGUAGUAUUGUUCAAGAGACUUGCUGGGCUCAGAUGAGCCUUAUAUGUAACGAUUAAAUGUAUUACUGUAUAUAGCAGAUUAUUUAACAGAGAGAUUUAUGCAAGUACUGUGGGAGGGAUACUUCACUUGACAUUUUUCUGACCUCAUUUUUCUUUCUUAAAUUUCCACUUCGUUUAUGAUGGACUUCAUAGUAUUACUAAGAAAAAAGAGGACAGAAAAUAUUACAGAUAAAUACAUUACUAAAGGAACAGAUGGAUGUACAGUAUUAUUUAUGUUUGAACAAAGCCAUAUACCAGUUAAAAUAAUGCAUUUUUUGCAAUUUCUUCAAUACAUAGAAUGUCACAGUCUAAAUUAUAUUUACCUUAUUUUUUUUAUAUGGUAACUGGAAAUCUGUGAGCACACUGUGUGUAAGGCUCCUCAUCAUUUAGAUGGUACAAUAUAGUCAUAUGUUAACAGCUAGGAUAUACAGUGUUAUGUUAAAAGUGGCAAAUGAUACCAAAUGAGAAAAUAUUAGAUAGGAAGUAAUGAGGUAAGUAAUAAAUAUAUAGUAAAGAUAGAAAUGUAAAGAUAGGUUAGUAUAUAUAUAGUUAAACAUGAGAUGAGCACUUUUAUAAAGAGCCCAAACUUUGGCGAAAAAAAAGCAGAAUCAUUGUAAAAAUGCUGUUGUAUAGCAUGGAAUAUUUAGAUUCUAUAAAUCUACAAACCAUUUGGAAUUUCUUUCAACUUAGCCUGAAACUGUACAAAGGUUUUUAAUAUUGUUUUUUUUUUCAACUAAAUUACGAUUCACUUUUCUGGACAGGACAUGUUCACAGUAUUAUGUUGGGGAACAUUCUGAAAUGUGACUGUUAUAGGCCAAAAGGUAAGUAACUAGUAAAACAUGUGAUAGCUUUGAAACAGACAGUUAUGUAGGGAGAUAAAAUUUACAAAUCAAUAAAUUCAAUUUUGACAGUUACAUUAAUAGAGGAUAUAUGGAAAAAGAAAAAUUUCAGACUGCUUUGGAGGCUAGUCAAAAGUUUCUUAGGGGACUUGGCAUACAUUAGAGGACUUUGUAAUCUUGACCUCAGUAUUUCUACAAUCCUGGCUAUAGCCUGCCUCUAGAUUUAUGACUUUGAGAUUGAAUUCCAAAGGCAAUAUUAAUAUGUAGAAUAUAUCUACAUGCAUUUAAUACAAAGCCUGUAUCUGGAAAGUAGCAAAGAUAAGAAGUCAUCUUUCUUUCAUCGGUCAGACAGUCUUCCCCUUUUUAAAUCUAGGCCUGCACAUUAGUUAUGGUCAUCUGGGGGGAGUGGGAGCAAAGGUAAGAGAUGACAGUACUAGAGCAUUAUGAGCGCACACAAUUGGUGUUUUAAAUCAUCAUUAUCUUCACUGGAGAUCUGCAGCAAUCAUAUUUAAAUCAUACUCUGUAUACUGUAUAAACCAGCAUAUGGUUGAAAAUAAAACUCUUCCACUCCUGUUUAUCAUUUUAUUUGACUCCAUGUAAAAGAGAGGGGUGGGUUUUUGUUUUUAAGCAGUAACUUUAAGAAGGAGACUUGAUGCUAUGCUAUAAGUUAAUGUGCAAUGUUUGUGCUUUACACGGGUAGCGGCAAGAUGCUUUUAUUGACGACGGACUCUAGGAUGGACUGACAGUCAGUAGUUUUUUUCUGCCGUUUGAGCCAUGUCAUGAUGCUGAGAUAUCAUGGCGGCGCUGAUGAUGUCACACUAUCUUUAUUCGGGUGUUGAUGAGGUCACAGUGACAACAAUAAAUGCUGUUGGAUGUAGUUAAAAAGAAAACUUUUUGGUGAAUUUAAAAAUAAAGACAACUUACAAUUC